CUCGACUGCAUACACGUUUUAGGUUCUCUGCCUACUAUCAUGGAAACAAUUAAAUGUACAGUACGUAGUAUACACUAUGAACAGUAGAUUGUACAUGCGAGUAUUGUUAGUGUACAAAAUUUUUAUUUAAAUGAUAAAUAAAUGAAAGAUAAUAAUAGUCAACGUUAAAAGAGACUAUUUACAAUCCAACAAUUAAGUUGCUAAUUAACAAUGGGUCCGCCAAAACGUUUCAAAAAAGACAAUGACAGAGGUAAAUGGAAAAAACGUAAAGAGGAUCCAGAAGAAUAUAAUGAUGAUGAUACUUUAGACGACAAUGAAACUGAAGGAAUACCUGAUGCAGCCAAGAACGAUGUUGAAAAGCAGGAUGAUACAGCAUUAGAAGAUGAAUUUGGUGCAAAGGAUUAUCGAGCACAAAUGGUUUUAAAGCCUGAUUGUGUUUUAAGGCCGCUUUGGGUGGCACCAAAUGGUCAUAUUUUUUUGGAAUCUUUUUCACCUGUAUAUAAACACGCUCAUGACUUUUUAAUUGCUAUCUCAGAGCCAGUGUGUCGUCCUGAACAUAUUCAUGAGUAUAAAUUGACCGCUUAUUCUUUAUAUGCCGCUGUUAGUGUUGGCCUUCAAACACACGAUAUAAUAGAAUAUUUGAAAAGACUCAGUAAAACCACUGUUCCUGAUGGAAUUAUAGAGUUUAUAAAAUUGUGUACAUUGUCAUACGGCAAGGUGAAAUUAGUAUUAAAGCACAAUAAGUAUUUCGUUGAAUCUCCGUAUCCAGAAGUAUUGCAAAAAUUACUGAAGGACCCUGUAAUUCAGGAAUGUAGGUUGAAAAAUACUGUAGAAGAUGAGAUAAUUACAAACGUUCAGAACAAAACAAAAGCACCACAGUUUGGAGCAAAAGCAGUGACCAACGUUCCAACUGGAGUCACUAAAGUAACAGAAACGACUAACGAUCAGGUUCCAGCAGAAGCAGCUGCUGUUCCUGAAGACAUAACUACCUUUUACGACAAAAUGGAUAAAGAAGAUGAGGAUGAGGAAGAAGAGCAUGAACUGAAGACAGUUAGUUUCGAAGUAAAUCAGCAUCGACUUGAAACCGUCGGCUGUGCUGAGACCCUACCAGGAGAAGAGUUUAAGAAAAAUGUUCGGAAAUGGGCGUGCUAGAUCAGGCGUCAUAGUCUUGCCUUGCGGUGCUGGCAAAAGUUUAGUUGGAGUGACAGCUUGUUGCACAGUUCGGAAACGUGCAUUGGUAUUGUGCAAUUCCGGAGUGUCAGUAGAACAGUGGAAACAACAGUUCAAAAUGUGGUCGACCGCAGAUGAUUCAAUGAUUUGUCGAUUCACAAGUGAGGCCAAAGACAAGCCCAUGGGUUGUGGAAUUUUAAUCACGACGUAUUCUAUGAUCACUCACACGCAGAAACGCUCAUGGGAGGCGGAACAAACUAUGCGAUGGCUUCAAGAACAGGAAUGGGGAAUAAUGGUUUUGGAUGAGGUACAUACGAUUCCUGCAAAGAUGUUCAGAAGGGUGUUGACAAUCGUUCAGUCCCAUUGUAAAUUGGGAUUGACCGCAACAUUGCUUAGAGAAGAUGAUAAAAUUGCUGAUCUUAAUUUUCUGAUUGGACCUAAAUUGUACGAGGCUAACUGGUUGGAAUUACAAAAAAGGGGCUUCAUCGCAAGAGUACAGUGUGCCGAAGUUUGGUGUCCCAUGACUCCGGAAUUUUAUAGGGAAUAUCUCGGUUGCAAAAUGAGCAAAAAAUUGUUACUUUAUGUAAUGAAUCCUAACAAAUUUCGUUGCUGCCAAUAUUUGAUACGAUAUCACGAGAGACGUGGCGAUAAAACCAUUGUUUUCUCAGAUAACGUCUUUGCCUUGAAACACUAUGCCAUUAAAAUGAACAAACCAUACAUCUACGGCCCCACCAGUCAAAGCGAGCGAAUACAAAUUUUGCAAAACUUCAAAUUCAAUACUAAAGUGAACACCAUAUUUGUGAGUAAAGUAGCAGAUACUUCGUUCGAUUUACCGGAAGCUAAUGUUUUGAUUCAAAUAUCUUCGCACGGUGGUUCACGACGUCAGGAAGCGCAGCGUUUAGGUCGAAUUUUAAGAGCUAAGAAAGGUGCCAUCGCGGAGGAAUACAACGCGUUCUUUUAUACGCUGGUGUCGCAAGAUACAAUGGAAAUGAAUUACUCGAGAAAACGACAGCGUUUUCUCGUUAAUCAAGGAUACGCUUACAAAGUCAUUACAAAACUUGCAGGAAUGGAAGAGGAACCAGAUUUGAUGUACACGUCCCGAGAAGAACAGGGUCAUUUGUUGCAACAAGUUUUAUCAGCCAGCGACAUGGACGCGGACGAAGAAAGGAUACCCGGAGAAGGACCCAGACCUAUUGUGCGCAAAGCGGGAAACAUAACCUCAAUGUCUGGCGCGGAUGAUGCAGUUUAUUACGAGUACAAAAAGGCUCCCAGUUCGUCCACGGCAAAUAAACAUCCGCUAUUUAAGAAAUUUAGGGCAUAAAAAGAAAAACUUGUAUAUGUACAUAAAAGUAUCUUAAAUUAUAAAAAUUAAGUAAUAAAUUAUUAAGGCUUUACGUGUAUAAAACUCUUGCUUAAUGUAAAUUUUUUAAUACCAGUGUUUUUUGUUGUAUAAAAACGUUUCGCUCAGACAUAUGAAUUUUUAUAUCUAAAGUUUUAAAUCAUAUUUCUUAAAAAAAAAAAAAGAAAA